AUGGGGAAAGUUCUAGGGCUCAACGUCAAAGGAAAGAAAUCUGAUACACUUGACAAAAUUGUUGAAUUAGAGCUCAAAGACAAAGAAAGAAAUGGGGGAGAGGAGAAUGAAAGACAUAGAAACAUAUUGUGGGAAAGUCUUGUUAGGCUAAAGAGUAUCUUCUCUAAUCCAUGGUGUAAGGGAGGAGAUUUCAAUGAGAUAAGAAAUAUUGGAGAAAUGAUUGGCUGCUCUAGAAAGGACAAAAGGAUGAGAGAGCUUAAUGAAUUCAUAGACAAAUAUGAGUCAACUGACUUACCAUUGCUUGGAAGGAAAUACACCUGGUGUAAGGCAGAAGAAAAUGAGAAGUGGAGUAGGAUUAAUAGAAUUAUGCUUAGUCCUAAAUGGCUAAUCAAAUUCAAAUUGAAGUUAUGGGGCUUACCUAGAUUACUCUCUGAUCAUUGCCCUCUUUUGAUAAGGGAUGAUGAGAAAGACAUUCAGAAGCUAAAGUUGCUAAAACUAGCUCUCAAGAAGUGGAAUUGUGAUGUUUUUGGUAACAUCUCAACUAAACUGAAAGCAGCUGAGGUAGAAUUACAUGAUCUUGACAUAUCUGCUGAAGAAAGACCAUUGAUUGAAUCAGAAAGAGAUAGAAGGAGGAUUAAGCAUGAGGCUCUUUUAUACUUUGAGGAACAAUUCACAGAAGACUGGGCAAAUAGGCCAUCUUUGGGUGGUAUGUUCAAAUUAGUGCAAGUGAACCAUUUUUUCCAUGAGCUAGAAACAAAGUUCUCUGAAGCUAAAAUUAAGGCAGCCAUUAAGGAGUGCAAUGGUAAUAAAACACCAGGCCUAGAUGGUUUUAACCUGCCAUGCUUCCAGAAAUAUUGGAAGGUUAUAAAAAAGGAGAUUCUCAUGUUCAUAAGAGACUUUCACACACAUUGUAAGCUUACAUAUGGGAUCAAUAGUUCCUUCAUCACUCUUAUCCCCAAAAAUGAAAAUCCUGUGGAACUGGGAAACUAUAGACCUAUUAGUUUGGUGGGCUCCAUUUACAAAAUCCUUUCAAAAGUCCUAGCUCAUAGGCAGAAAAAAGUUAUUCUUGAAGUAAUAGGGGAUACUCAAUCUGCUUUUCUUGGAAAAAUGAACAUUUUAGAUGGUGUACUCAUUGCCAAUGAUGUUAUGGAUAGUUGGAAAAAAUCUAAGAAAAAAAUAUAUCAUCAUCAAACUUGA